AUGUCUGGCUUCAAAGUUCUUAUUAUUGGCGCUGGGCCAACGGGUCUUCUGGCGGCUCUUGCGCUGCAACGAGCGGGCAUUGAGUUUACGAUUUUAGAGAGGAGGAAGGAAGCUGAUUUGAACUGGGGUGCUUCUGUAUGUCUUUGGCCGCAGAGUGCGAGAGUUCUGGACCAGCUUGGUUUGCUUGAUGAGGCGCAUGCCCUUCAUUUGCCGAUGAAGAGGAAGUGCAAUCUUAGGCGGGAUGGAAGUGUUAUGAGUUGGAGUAACAUGAUUGAGAACAUUGGUCACUACCAUGGCCAUGAAUGGAUGCUCUUCCAGCGCGGCGAUCUAGUCAAUCUACUCAUGGGCGAUCUCUCCGACAUAACGAACCAACUCCUCCUCGACAAACAAGUAUCCUCCAUCGCGUCAGGCCCCGACGGGGUCGAAGUCAAGUGUGCAGAUGGCCAUUCCUACAGUGGCGAUCUCAUUAUCGGGGCAGACGGCAUCAACAGCACAACCCGUUCCUUCGUCGAUGAAAUCACCUCCGAUGCUACAAGCGGGGACUUCACAACAACAUUCUACGGUUUUUACGGUCACGGCACCACUGUGUCAAAGGAUCUCGAACCAGGCGUCGAUUAUGAAUGUCACUCCGAGGGGUUCAGCUCCCAGCUCAUCAUGCCGUCGCACGAGAAAUACUUCUUCACCAUUUACUUGAAGCUUGAUAAACCGACAAAAGAUCGCUAUUACAUUACCGCCGAAGAAGCCGAUGAACUUGCGAAGAAAUAUGGCGAUAUCUAUCUUGCCCCAGGCGUCACGUUCAAAGAAGUCUGGGGUGCAAAGAAUUGGACUCACACUGCACCAUUUGAAGAAGGUGUUGCAAAGAAGUGGUUUAGAGAUCGUGUCGUCCUCGUCGGCGAUUCAGUCCACAAGAUGACACCAAACAUCGGCUUCGGUCUAAAUACAGGAUGGCAAUCCACCGUCGUGCUGAUCAACCUUCUUCGCGAUCUUCUUCGUGACAACCCAAACCCCGAUAUCAAGGAGCUUACAAAGACGUUUGAAGAGUACAAAAGGACACGAUUCAACCACGUUACAAAGGAUGUUGAACUAGCGGGUACGUCUACGCGGGCUGUUAUGUGGGAUAAUUUCCUGUGGAAGUUUUUGGAUCAAUAUGUUUUGCCAUAUAUCAACGGUGACACUAUCUUGGCGAAGCUUAUGUGUUCUCCGACGGUUCAAAAGGCUGUUACGUUGAACUUUUUGCCGGAGCCGAAUUUUAAAGAGGGAGAGUUGAAGUGGCAUACUAAGCCGGUUAUUGUGAAGGAGUAA